AUGACUGCUCUACUCUCUUUGGUCAACCUGUUGCCUACUUUAGCUUUGCUCAGCGCAGCUUUGACUGGUGUCGAACAAGUUCCUACCGCUUUGGCUCAUGGACCCGGUGCACGAUCACCCAAAGACAUCUACCAUCGACAUCUCGCCUCGAGACAACAGUUAGUCGACAACCUCGCUAAGAAGGCUACUUCACCCAAUAAGAAAGGGUUGAUCAGACGACAAGCGGACGGAUCGAAAUGUCGAGUCAGAGGUGAAUCUUACACUGCCCCAGCAGCCGCUACCACCUCUGCUGCCGCUGCCGCUUCCAGUGCAGCUGCAGUUCCAACAAGCUACGCCGCCGAUCAAGAUACUUCUGCUGCUGCUUCUUCUGCUGCUGCCUCCCCCGCCGAAACUUCUGCCGCCGCCCCUGCUGCUUCCGCCACUUCAGCAGGCUCAUCAGGGGGAUCCAAGAACGCAGGGUCCAAGUUGGGUAUCGCCUGGCCUAAUGGUGAUUGGGAACAACCCGGUGACCCCAACUACAUCGGUAACUAUAUCGGUAACAAGGCUUCGUGGUAUUACACUUGGUCGCCUUUUGCUGUUGGUGGUGCUGACAAUGAAGGUCUUGAAUACGUUCCUAUGCUUUGGGGUCCUGGACACGUCAGUGAUUGGUAUGCUCAACAGCCCAACUGGCCUGGAACAGUCAGAAAUGCCUUGUUCUUCAAUGAACCCAACCAAAAAGGUCAAUGUGACGUUUCCGCUCAAGAUGCUGUCCAAUACUGGAUGAACGACUUCUUACCUCUCCGAGCCAAGGGUAUCAGACUUGGUCAAGCUGCUCCCACCAACGCUCCUGAUGGAUUAGUCUGGAUUCAAGAUUUCAUCAAGGCUUGUACCGGAGCUGGUAACUCCCAAGCUGACUGUUCGGCCGACUUCUACCCCAUUCACUACUACGAUACCGACGUCCAACGAUUCCAAGAAUAUGUUACCAACUACCACAAUGCCGUUGGAGCCAACCUCUGGGUUACCGAGUACGCCUGUCAAGAUUACAAUGGUGGAGCUCAAUGCUCUGAUCAAGAUACUUGGAACUUCCACACCACUAUGGCUGGAUGGUUCGAACAACAAUCGUACAUUGAACGAUUCUCUCCCUUCGGUGUCAUGAAAGAUAUGCAAGGUGUCAACCAAGCCAACGCCUUGAUGAACCCUGAUGGAAGUAUCACUUCUCUCGGUGGUUGGUAUAUCACCACGGCCUAA